CCAAAACCCGCUGAUCCGCGGGAACCGGAAGUGUCCGCACCCGGGACGGGUCCUCGGCGAACUCCGCCGGAAGUAACCAUCGCUAGGGGAUACCUUCCCUCAGAAUGGCGGCGAUUCCCCCUGACACCUGGCAGCCGCCCAACGUCUACCUAGAGACUAGCAUGGGGAUCAUUGUGCUGGAGCUGUACUGGAAACAUGCUCCAAAGACCUGCAAGAACUUUGCAGAGCUGGCUCGGCGGGGAUACUACAACGGCACCAAAUUCCACAGGAUCAUCAAGGACUUCAUGAUCCAAGGCGGUGACCCAACAGGGACAGGUCGUGGUGGCGCUUCUAUCUAUGGCAAACAGUUUGAAGAUGAACUUCAUCCAGACCUGAAGUUCACUGGGGCUGGGAUUCUUGCAAUGGCCAAUGCAGGACCAGACACCAAUGGCAGCCAGUUCUUCGUGACCCUUGCCCCCACCCAAUGGCUGGAUGGCAAGCAUACCAUUUUUGGCCGAGUGUGCCAGGGUAUAGGAAUGGUGAAUCGAGUGGGCAUGGUGGAAACAAACUCCCAGGACCGUCCUGUGGAUGACGUGAAGAUCCUCAAGGCGUACCCUUCUGGGUAGGUGUGAUGCUGUCUGGACACACCCAGGUCCUCUAUGACGGUCCUAUUGAGCCACCUUC